AGACCAAGCAAUUCAGUCGGUUGAGAGAGCUCGUAUGGUAAAGACGCUUUUUACAUUUAUUAGAACGCGUGAUAAACAAGCAAAGAGAAAAAUUUAAUUAUAUGAAAUAAAAUGAACUAAUUAUUUAAACAAAUACUAACGUGUUAAAAUAAAAAGAGCUCAGCUUAAUGUAAACAAAAAUUUAAUUUUUUACAAACAACUUUCAAGAAAUUUUAUUGUGAUAUUUAAUUAAAGAAAGAAUGCUUAAAGAAGACAAGACCUUAAAAAGAGUCUUAAAAUAAAGUGAAAAAUUAACGGAAUGAUAAAGAAAAUUAAAGAAAAACGUGUAAGAAAGCAAGAAAACUAAACAAAUUGAGUGAAGAAUUAAAAACUCUCAUAUAAGAAAAAUUCCCAAAAAAGAGAGAGAGAGAGUAUUCGCUAUAAAACACUCAUUUAAAUAAAGAGUAAAAGAGUGUCACAGUUUUCACUCAAACUACAAAUUGAGUAAUUUCUAAAGCAAAUAAGAAAAUAAACAAACUCACUCAUUUAACGUAAUCAUAACGCAAUUUUAUGUUAAACGUUUACAACGUAACGCAUUCUUCACUAUCAAAAGAAUUCGUACGUUACUGCUCACACAUUCAUUCGCAUAACGUUUAAGCUGCUCGUGCUAUGCGGACGGACAAUAAAAACAAAAAUAAUUACCGUUAUUAUUAUUAUUAUUACUGAACAAAAGAAAACGCCAAAUAUUUGAAAAAAUAAACUUCUUUCGUCGGUCGUUGUUGGUCGUUUUAAAAGCAGCAAAAGAAAUUUUCAUUAAAAGAAAAAAAAUUAAUCAAAGACUGAAUACAACAAAAAAAAAAAAAUUAAAUUGAAAAUUUAAGAAAAAACCAAGAAAAUUUUUAUAACAGAAAACCUAAUAAAGACUGAUUAAAACUAUUUAAUUAACUACAUAUUAAAAUUUAAAGAAAAAAACGCUAAAAUAGUAAUAUACGGGUCUUUAAAAAAAACAAAAAAUUAUUUAUAAAAAUUAAUUAAAAAAAGAUUUAAGAAAAAGAAUAAUAACUAAAAUACCUGCUAAAUAAUUUAAUAAAAAACAAAUAUUUUUUAUGGAUUAAGGUUCCUGCUAAAUAGUUUAAACAAAAACCAUACAAGAAAUUUAAUAAAAUUUCAUUAUAAUACAAAUAGAAAAAAAUAUAUAUAAUAGCCCUGUGGAUUACCUAUAUUAUAUAUAUUUUUAAUUUAAAUAAUACAAAACAAAACAAGCUUGGAUUACCAGUGCCAAUUAUUAAGAAAACAUAAACCAACAAAUCAUAACAAAAAUCUUAAAAUAACCUCAAAAAAAGCUAAAUAUUAAAACCUAACCUCAAAAUAUUUAAAUUAUCUAAAUAAAGCUAGAUAAAAUUCAAAAUUUGCUUAAAAAAAUGUGUUUGUUUUAGCAAAAUUAACUAAGUGCUAGUGCUUUAAACGCAAAACCCUUAAACUUAAACUUAUUUAAAGAAAAAAAGGAUUUUUAUCCUUUUUUCUACUUAAAUCAAAAUAUAAAAAGUUUAAAAACAACUAAAACAACAACAUGACUAUGGCUGCUUGUUAUGCCAACUAUGAUAUGGCUUCCUUGGCCACUCAUACUCUGGCUCAAACACAAUCAGCAGCACUCAUGCAACAUCACCAACAGCAGCAGCAACAACAACAGCUUUAUCACCAGCAGCAACAACAGCAGCAGCAGCAGCAUCAUCAGCAACAACAUGCCUAUCACCACAGCACACAUCAACAGCAACAAACUAGCAGUAGAAUGUCAUCAUUGGCGGCGUCGGCUAAUCAAAAUUCACUGAGCUCCAAUAGCUCAGCAGUGGCCGCCGCCGCCGCUUUGCUUAAUUCGUCUACAGCUGCCGUCACCAACUCCACCAACACCUCUUCAAAUACAGCAGCCGUUUCAACGGCCAGCCAACAACAACGUAACCAAAAUGCCUCUGUAACAGCUUUAACACCCGCCUCACAACAACUCAAUAAUGCCGUUGCUCAAACAACGACGGCCAAAGACUAUUCCAUACCCCUGCAUGUAGACUGUAGUGUGGAAUAUGAAUUGCCCAAUCAGCCUAAGCCACCAGCUGGACAAAGGGUUGAGCCUUUGCUUAUGAUACAUCCUUGCUAUUUCCGCAAAAUGGAAUCCCAAAGACGCAGUCCCUUUGUCAAUAACAUGCCUACGGCGGCGGCUGCCCGUAAUACCGCAGCUUUGGCCGGUACGCAAACACUCACAAACACACCACAAAAUGUGGCCUCUUCCUCUAGAAGAAGCCGCCAAACUCAGGUUAUACAACAACAGCAGCAACAACAACAACAACAACAGCAGCAGCAACAACAACAGCAGCAACAUCACCAGCAGCAGCAAAGACAGGCUGUGGUGGCUGCCCAACAAUAUCAGCAACACUUGCAGCAGCAACAACUCAGGCAUAAUCACCAACAACAGCAGCAACAGUCGCAGCAAAUGUCACAAAUGUCUCAGCAGGCCCACUAUCCGGUACAGCAUCAUAUGCAACAACAGCAACAAACCGCCAACACCAGCAACUCCUCCUCCUCCUCGAAUAAUGCCUCCUCCUCCACUUAUUUAAGGUCUAACCAAAGAUCCUCCUCACAACAACAACAACAACAAAACCCACAAAGAACAAGCCAAAGUCACCUUUUAGUACAACAACAACAGCAGCAGCAAUCACAGCAAUGGGAUCAUUUGGCAGCAGCUGCUAUUGCCAGCCGUACUGCCAUGACACCAGCAGCGGCCUAUAGCAGCAGCAACAGCAACCAAAAGGCUCAAAAUGGCAAUGUGGGCAAACGAGAUGCCAUGAUCUCCGGCAGUGGUAUCUAUGGCAGCAAAUCUCAGCAGCAGCAGCAACUAUUGUGGAAUUCUUCGGGACAACAAGCGGAUAACAUCAACACCUCCGCCGCCACAGCAGCCACCUCGGCGGCAAAUGCUUUAAGCAAUUCCCAAGCCAAUAUAACAAGUCUUAUGAUGGAUCGCAGUCCUAUGGCUACAGUUCCUAGUAAUUAUCAGGCUGGUCCUGAGGCCACGCCCCUACUAAACCAAAGUUCAAAUAACAGUAACCAACGUAACAACACUACCGCCACCAGCCAUUACUCAACAGCCACUACCACAAAUACUGCUUCAGCUGCCGCGGCAGCAGCUGCAGCAGCGGCGGCCUCCCUAACCAGUCAUCAUCAUCAUCAUCAACAUCACCAGCAUGCGGCCGCCGCCAUGGCAGCCGCUGCACAUCAUCACUCCCAACAACACUAUCCCGACAAGAUAAGUGGCAAAUACCGCCAAUAUCUACGAUCUCAGCGUAUGCAUCCCUAUUUGGCGGCAGCCACUUCAAGUGCUGCUGCCGUAGCAGCGGCCGCCAAUCUACAACAAAGUUUUCCACAAUUUACUGCUGCCACAGCAGCGGCGGCUGCUGUAGCCGCCACACCAUCAUUCCAACAUUUGCAACAAAUUUCCUGUUAUAAUGUGUGAUAAAACUAAAAAAAUUAUUAAAAAUUCUUUAAAAAAAAAAAUCCAAAGAAAUUUUGAAAUUUAAAAAAUAAACGGCAGCAUAGAAGUGAUAAAAAUAAAUAAAUUAAAAAAUUAACAAAAAAAUUAGCGGUAAUUAAAACAAGAGGAAGAAAAGAGGCAAAGAGUAAGAAGAUAAAGGAGUUUUGUUUGGGUUUUUUGUUUGAAAGGUUAAAACAACAACAACAACAAAAGAGUAUACGUAUUAACAAAAGCAUACAAAAAAGAAAAAGAACAUUUGCUAAAAAGCUUUACUUAGUAAACAACAACAAAAACAAGAAAAUUAUUAAUUAACUAGCCAUAGUCAUAGAUUAAAACAUAAACUAAAAACUCAAGGAUAAUAAGUAAAAAGCAAAGAAAUAAAACAAAAACAAAACCAAACAACUCCUUUUAACAAACUCUAGGAGUAAAAGCAGAGGCAAAACAAAACAAAAACAAACAGGAGACUUGUUUAGUUUUAUUUAAGUUUUUAAUAAUUGAGUUGUUGUAAUGCUUCAAAUAUAACAAAUUAACUGCUAAAAAAUCUAAAAAAAAAACAAAAAUUCUAAUAAUAAAUAAACUAUUUUACUCUCAAAACUACAUUACUCUCUCACACUUUUUACCAACAUUAAAACUAUAAAUAAAAACCAACAUAAAUAAUGUAAAUUAAAAAAAAAAAAAACAAACAAACUG